AUGGAGGAUUUCGAUAGUGAUGAUGCUCACUCCGAUUCUACGAACGAGUCGAUUCAUUCUCAGGGAGAUUGUUUAAAGGGCGGGCGUGGAGCAACACGAUUGCCACAUUUAAUGCUUCAAAGCGGGAAUAAGAGAGAAAUAUCAUUUGAUUGUUAUAUGCAACCAGAUGGACCGACCACAGAUGUCAUCACCGAUUUUAUUAGUUGUGUUGGCCUUUUAGCUCGGAGCAAAGCCAGCAUUUUAGCAGAAAAUUGGAAAGAUGGGGUGCCCGAAAAGAUUAAAGAGCAAAUUUGGCAAACUCUAGAGGAGAUAUUUGAGUUGCCGAAUGAUAGAAAAUUGAAAGAAUACUGGUUACGACGUGCUGGGGAAAAUUGGAGGAUUUUCAAGACGAGCCUCAAUCGCUACAUAUUCGGAAAAAAAAAGGGUCAGCUUCCAUAUAUCAAGACUUACCCGUAUCUUGAUAAAGAUACAUGGGAAGCUUUUGUUGCAUCUCGUCAAACUCCUGAAUUCUUAGCAAGAAGAAAAAAAGCACAAGAAACACAAUCACACAAUAAGUAUCCUCAUAUUUUGUCUCGAGGUGGUUUACCUCGUUUGAAAAGAAAAAUGAUGGAGGAGAAAUACAAGGCCAGGAGAGAGGCCUCGUUAGAUGAAUCUGUUAUUGUUCCCCCCACCCCCCCAUCUCCACCUUCUCGCCAUGAGAUGUGGAAAAGGGCUCGUCUGAAAUCAGAUGGAAAUUAUACCUCAGAGGAGGCUAAAACUAUUGGUGACAAGAUUGAUUCUUUGGAAGAACAAUCUUCCCAGGGUAAUUUCAAACCUUCUGGAAGAAAUGAUAUUCUUGCAGAAGCAAUAGGAAAGCCAGAGCAUCCUGGCCGUGUGAGGGGAGUCAGAAAGUGCGUGGGCAUUAAGGCUUUUUUUGGACGAUCAAAUCGUUCAAGUGCAGGUGCAGGAAUGGUGUCACGGCAGGAGUUGGAUGUCAUUAUAUCUCAGGUGAAAGAAGAAGUUGCAGAACAGGUAAAAGGUGAGUUGAUGAAGAUGAUGCAACUUGGUUCUCAGCCAGGCAUUUCACUUAGCUCUCCAGUAAUCGUGAGCACGGAAAAAUGUGGCGCUUCAGCUUCGGAUGUGAGCAAAGACGGCGAGAAAUAUGAAUUGUAUGUGGAGGACCCCCAAAGGCGAUUGGUGGCAUAUGGCAAUGUGCACAAUUUGGGGUCAACCAUGCACCAUCGAAUGAUGAAGGAUGGAGACGUACGGGUUGUGGUCUCACGAGUUAUUGUUGGAGAUGCUUUUGUGCCAUACCCGACAGAUGAGGUCACUUUCGUGAAAGAUGCUCCAAGUCAAUUCAUUGCUUGGCCUCGAAAUCUAGUUGCGAAGAAUCUAAAGAGCAGCCUUCUCAACCUCGAGCAGAUCCUCAGUAGCUUUCUUCUCGUUGUCCUUCUGAGCAACGACCUCCUCGAGGGCUCUAAGUUUUUCCUUGAGCUCCUCAUUCUCUUUCUGCAGCACCGAGCACUCCUCUCGGCUCUCCCUCACUGCUUGUUGCGCCGAGUGAUGAGAUCCCUAUUCUACUCGAACAAGCGAGAAGCGCCUUGCUCGAUCAAGGGGAUCGAGUCACCUCUACUGGCUAAGAAAAUGGGCCUGACAGUGGGUCGGACGAACGGCUCUGAGCUCGGAACCUUCGACUACGGGCCUGAAAGCUAUUGGUUCUCGGAUAAUGAUGGCGUGUGA